AUGCUCCGACACACCAUAGCUCGUUCGGCUUGGCGGACCAGCCGGCGGGCGGCCAAUGUCUCGCGAGCCUUCGCGACGACGAGCCAGCGUCCAGCCGAGGUGGAGCUGACAAUUGAUGGAAAGAAGGUCUCGAUUGAAGCCGGUUCGGCCCUUAUCCAGGCCUGCGAGAAGGCGGGUGUGACAGUCCCGAGAUACUGCUACCAUGAGAAGCUUAUGAUUGCCGGCAACUGCCGAAUGUGCCUGGUGGAGGUUGAGAGGGCCCCGAAGCCCGUCGCCUCUUGUGCCUGGCCCGUACAACCCGGAAUGGUCGUCAAGACCAACUCUCCUCUUACCCACAAGGCCCGCGAGGGUGUCAUGGAGUUUCUGCUCGCCAACCACCCCCUCGACUGCCCCAUCUGUGAUCAGGGUGGUGAGUGCGAUCUCCAGGACCAGUCUAUGCGUUACGGAGCCGACCGAGGCCGAUUCCACGAGAUUGGCGGCAAGCGAGCCGUCGAGGACAAGAACAUUGGCCCCCUGAUCAAGACGUCCAUGAACCGAUGCAUUCACUGCACCCGAUGUGUCCGUUUCGCCAACGACAUCGCCGGAGCUCCGGAGCUUGGCUCCACCGGCCGUGGUAACGACCUCCAGAUCGGCACCUACCUCGAGAAGAACCUGGACUCGGAGAUGUCUGGCAACGUUAUCGACCUCUGCCCCGUUGGUGCCCUCACCUCCAAGCCCUACGCCUUCCGAGCUCGUCCCUGGGAGUUGAAGCACACCGAGUCGAUCGACGUUCUCGACGGCCUUGGCUCCAACAUCCGAGUUGACUCCCGUGGCCUCGAGGUUAUGCGUAUCCUCCCCCGAUUGAACGACGACGUGAACGAGGAAUGGAUCAACGAUAAGACUCGAUUCGCCUGUGACGGUCUCAAGACCCAGCGUCUGACCAUGCCUUUGGUCCGCCGCGAGGGCCGCUUCGAGCCCGCCGACUGGGAGGAGGCUCUGUCCGAGGUUGCCCGAGCCUGGCAGAUCAAGAACCCCCAGGGUAACGAGUUCAAGGUUAUUGCUGGUGCUCUGACUGAGGUUGAGUCUCUUGUUGUUGCCAAGGACAUGGCCAACAAGCUCGGCUCCGAGAACCUCGCCCUGGAUACCCCUACUGGCAGCCAGCCCAUUGCCCACGGUGUCGACGUCCGAUCCAACUUCCUCUUCAACUCCCAGAUCUGGGGUAUUGAGGAGGCUGAUGCCAUCUUGAUUGUUGGCAGCAACCCCCGACAUGAGGCUGCCGUCCUCAACGCCCGUAUCCGAAAGCAGUGGCUCCGAUCCGACCUUGAGAUUGGUGUUGUUGGUGAGACCUGGGACUCUACCUUUGAGUUUGAGCACUUGGGCAACGACCACGCUGCUCUCAAGCAGGCUCUUGCCGGACCCUUCGGUGCUAAGCUCAAGGCUGCCAAGCGACCCAUGAUCAUCGUGGGCUCUGGUGUCACUGACCACGCUGAUGCCAAGGCUUACUACGAGACCGUCGGCGCCUUUGUUGAGAAGCACGCUGACAACUUCCGAACUGAGGAGUGGCAGGGCUACAACGUUCUCCAGCGUGAGGCUUCGCGUGCCGGUGCUUUCGAGGUUGGCUUCACCACCCCCUCCGCCGAGGUUGCCGAGACCAAGCCCAAGUUUGUCUGGCUCCUGGGUGCCGAUGAGGUCAACGAGGCCGACAUCCCCAAGGACGCUUUCGUUGUCUACCAGGGCCACCACGGUGACAAGGGCGCUCAGAUCGCCGAUAUCAUCCUCCCCGGUGCUGCUUACACUGAGAAGGCCGGUACCUACAUCAACACCGAGGGCCGAGUCCAGAUGACCCGAGCUGCCACCUCCCUGCCUGGUGCUGCCCGAACUGACUGGAAGAUCCUCCGAGCUGUCAGCGAGUUCCUGGGCGCCCCCCUCCCUUACGAUGACGUUGCCAUGGUUCGGGACCGCAUGGUUGAGAUCAGCCCUGCCCUGGCCGCCUACGAUGUCGUUGAGCCCGUCGCCCUCCCUGCCCUGAGCAAGGUUCAGCUUGUGGACCAGAACAAGGGCGCCGCUGCUAGCGGUGCUCCUCUCAAGAAGGUUAUUGACAACUUCUAUUUCACAGAUGUUAUCUCGCGAAGCUCGCCAACAAUGGCACGCUGCUCGGCAGCCAAGGCUACGGGUGACCCCCGGACAAACUUUAUGGCCCCCGGAAUGGAGGAGGAUAGGCCCAUGGGCCAGGUCGAGUAUGGGGCAUAA